AUGUUAAACCUUCAUCCAGGAGAUUUUAUUUGUGUUGAUCCAACAUUAAAAGAUAGAACUUAUAUUAAUGUUCCUAAAGGUCAUAUUUGGAUACAAGGUGACAAUAUGAAUAAUUCCAUUGAUUCCAGAUCCUAUGGUCCUGUACCUCAUGCUUUAAUUCGUGGACGUGUAUUUGCUAGGUCUGUGACUGUUGAUGAAUUUGUGGUGGUAAUAAUGGCUGGUGAUGUUGUUGUUGUUGAGUUGAAGAUUGAAAAAUUGAUUGUUGAUGUGGCAGUGGUGCUUGCUGGAACAAUUGUGGCAGUUGUUGCAUUGGUUGUUGUUGUUGAUUAUGAGGUAGUUGUUGUUGCAUUUGAAAUUGUGACUGUGGUUGAAAUGAUGGCAUUUGUGAUUGUGUAA